AUGUUGCCAGGAGCCGGGGAUAUGAGGGCAGGUGCUGGUGGGGCCCGGCCAGGGCUAUACCGCUGGAAGAGGCAGAGGACGGGAGGCAGCAAGCCGGCGUUUGACAGCGACAAUGUGGAGCACUGGAUCAAGAGAGUGGAGCAGGCCUCGGAAUUCGCCGUUUCUGAAGCGUUCUCCAAUAAAAAGCCGGCUCGGGGCGCACAGAGAGCCCCACGUCCCACACUGGAUCUGGAAUCCCCCGACCAGCUCCACGACCACGACGACGCUUACACCGAAGCCCAGGAGCUGCUGAGCGAGUGGCUGAGCAAUAAGCUGAGGCUGGAACUGGCCAGUGAAGAGGAUGAAGAGCCGGAUAACACCGCCGCAGAGCCCCCAAAACUGCCCCCUCCGGAGUUCAUCAAGUACAACAAGUUUGAAGAUCUCUAUCAGUAUCUGGAGCACGAGACCGAGGACACCAACACCCAGGACUUCCUGCAGAAGCUUCUCCAGAAAGAAGUGGUGGAUUCUGGGAUACUCAAGAACCUCCGGAGCGAGGAGGGGGAGAAGAGGAAGGCCAAGCAGAGGGACCCGCGGGUCACCAUGGAAGUGAGGCACCAGCAGGUGAAGGAGAACCGAGCGCAGCGGCAAAAGGCGCUGGAGAAGCAGAAGCAGGAGAGGGCGAUGAAGAAGGCGGCUUUGGCUCAGGCCCAGCUGCUGGUCCAAGAGGAGAGCAAACAGAAAGCCUUGAAGACCAAGAAGGAGGAGGAGGAGAUCCAGAGAGAGAUGGUGAAGCUGCGCAAAGAGAUGAACGAACGCAGAAGAGUCAUGGAGGAGGCGAGGAAACUAGAGUGGAAGAGACAGCAGAAGGGGAGUAAAAGGAUGGAGGAGACGGUCCACAUACAGCAAGGGGUCCAGGAGCUGGAGUCCGAGAGAAGAACCCGGGAGAGGCAGGCCAAGAUCCAAGAGCUGCUCAGCCAGGUUUAUGCCGACAAUCACAUGUGCUUACAGAAGUAUUUCUCUGCCUGGUACCAGCUGAUCCUGGAGCGUCGGGUGAAGAUGGGCAAAGCCCGGGCAAUGGCAGACUGGAAGCUUCAGCUGAGGACAUUCCGGGCAUGGAGGCAACACGUGUGGUCACAAAAGCUGGAACGGGAGACCCAAAAAACGGAGAGCGAGCUACGAGAUCAAAACAGGAAACAGAAGGUGGCAGUAGAGAGCUACCACAAACGCCUCUUGCGUCACUGCCUGAUAGAGUGGCAGCUCUGGUGCCGAGCAGAGAAGGAGAAGAGAGAGCUGGAGGCUCGAAAAGAGGAGACCAAGAGGAAGAUGGCAGCUUUGCUGGAAGCGGCCUCAUCCACGAGGGGCAACAAGAUGAACGGUGAGGGCGACACUGAGGUGACCGCCCAGAGCCCAGAAACCACUGAACAAAAGGGGGAAGAAAACGGCAGCGCAAUCAGCAGCUGUCAGACGCCAGGUCCUCACAUGACCUCCCCGGGACCAAAGGCUCCUAAACAUGCCUGGCAGGUGACCAGGCAGCACGCGGCUCUCACCUCCGAUGAGCUGAACCAGCAGCGGAUGAAGCCCAGCAUCACCCCUCGGACACCAGCCCCCCAGAAGAAAGGUGCCCCCUAUGGCGAGAACUAUGAGAACCGGCACCAGUUCCAGCAGCUGAUGAUCGAGGAGCAGAGACGACAGCUCCAGGAGCAGAAAGAGAUGAUACAAGAACUGAUGGAGAACCAGAGACUGAUGAUUGUAAGAGGGGAAGCCAAGAACGCCAGCGCCGUGAAUGCGCAACUGUUUGGCCGUGUCACCGCAGCGAAAGUGACCCGAAGGAAGGAAAGUGGCCCAUUGAAUGAAGAAUCUUCCGCUGCCAAGCAAGAGGCACCCCGGAGAUUAUCCUUUUCCUCUCUUCAGUCUGAGGGCCCAAAUGGCACCCUAGGCCAAGGCACGAUGCCCGCACCCCGGAGGGCCAGCGUCUGCUCCACCCCGCACCCUGCAGUGAGAGCGAUGGAGGAGAGAGCGGCCCAGCGAGAAGAGAGGAGGAGGUUGCUGGAGGAGGUGAAAAGGAGACGAGAGGAGGAGAAGUUGGCCCAGCUGAGGGCAGCAGAGGAGCAGCGGAUACAGAUGGAGGCGGCAGAGAGAGAAGCCGAGCUGCAGAGGAAGAGAGAGGAGAGGAGGCAGCAGAAGCUGAAAGAAGAGGAGAAGCAAGGGCGCCUGCAGAGAGAGAAGGAGCUCCAGGAGGUGGCGGUGUCGCACUACAAGCGGGCACUGCUCAGGUUCCAUGGCCUGGCGCCUUGGAAGAAACUGAUGGCGCAGAGCCGGCAAAACAUGGAGCGGGCAGAGUCUCAUCACCGCACCGCCCUCCUGAGAGGCUCCCUGCGGCCCUGGUCACACACUGCCAGAGCCAUCGCUGCCCAGAAGAGCCAAUGGGCAGAGCGGCUAUGGACCACAAUCCUAUUACGGAGGGGUUUCCGCAGCUGGAUAAAGUACAAGGACUACCUGUCUGUCCAGGAGGAGAGGGCACAGCGGCGAUACACGACCAAUCUUCAGAGAAAAACGUUAAUCGCCUGGCUGAACCUGACACAGGAGGAAAAGUUCACCAUGUGGGAGAAGCAACGGAGCGCGGCAGAGCACAGCCAGAGGAGGACUCUGCGCUCUGCGUUCAGGACAUGGAGACGGUUCCCGGGACGUAUGAAGGAGUUGAGGUUGAAGGAGGAGAGGUUGGAGUCCCUCAGGAUGAGGGUGGCCGAGAUUCUCCCCGACUUCCAUACUGGAGGAGACGCCGCGCGCUGA